AUGGAAAUGCCUCACAAGUUGUCAGGGGAAAAUGGCUUCGACUUCACCCAGAAACUUAUCUUUUCUAGCACCUCAGACCCAGUGGAGAGUAGCCUCAGUUUCGAUAUCCCCACUCCCAGGGAGUCUUGUUCUACCCCUCUAAGCAACGGCACUUUAUACUCCAACGCCAACAGCCCUUCGGACUCGUGCGCAAAACCCCUCUGCGAGGCCAGAUCCGAAGGCAAAGGCCCGUACAGCACAGGGAUUAAAUAUGUCUCCUCAGAAGAAGAGGGACUGGAGUGUGGGUGGGGGGCCUUUACUCCGAGUUGUUUACAGUUCUGCAAUGCCCCCAAGGGGGUCUUGUUCUUCCUCUGCGCGGCCUCUUUCCUGCAAGGCAUGACGGUCAACGGCUUCAUCAAUACGGUCAUCACGUCCAUCGAGCGGCGGUUCGACCUGCGGAGCUAUGAGAGCGGACUGAUCGCUAGCUCGUACGACAUCGCGGCCUGCGUGUGCUUGACAUUUGUCAGUUACUUUGGGGGGAACGGGCAUAAGCCGCGAUGGCUCGGAUGGGGGGUGUUCAUCAUGGGGAUUGGGUCCCUUGUCUUUACGUUGCCCCAUUUCACCACCAGCCAGUACGAGGUACAUUUCUUGCAGGACACGGACAUGUGCUUCUCCAACCAGAGCGUGCGGUGCUCGGGGAGCGCUUCCAGCCUCUCGAAUUACCGGUUCAUCUUCAUGCUCGGACAGUUUCUACAUGGGAUCGGAGCGACACCUCUCUAUACCCUUGGAGUGACCUAUUUGGAUGAAAAUGUCAAGUCUAACUAUUCACCUGUCUAUAUUGCAAUUUUCUACACGGCAGCCAUUUUGGGUCCCGCAGCUGGCUAUCUGAUUGGAGGACUCUUCCUAAACAUUUAUACUGAAAUAGGCCAACAACUUGAUCUCACACCAGACAAUACUCUGUGGGUCGGAGCGUGGUGGAUCGGGUUUCUCGGUGCUGGCGCUGCUGCCCUUUUGACUGCCAUCCCCAUCUUGGGUUACCCUCAACGCCUGCCAGGUUCCCAGCGCUAUGUUGUCAUGAGGGUUUCGGAAGUCCAUCAGCUGAAAGACGGCAGCCACAAAACAGCCUCGGAUCCUGAUUUUGGAAAGACAGUGAAAGAUCUGCCCCGCUCAGCCCUGCUGCUACUGAAGAACCCAACCUUCAUCUUCCUCUGCUUAGCUGGAGCAACGGAGGCCACACUCAUUGCCGGGAUGUCCACCUUUGGUCCCAAGUUUCUGGAAUCCCAGUUUAGCUUAAGUGCCUCAGAAGCAGCAACCUUGUUUGGUUACCUGGUGGUUCCUGCUGGAGGCGGAGGCACGUUCCUUGGAGGGUUCAUUGUGAAUAAAUUUAAGCUCCGUUGUUCGGGAAUCAUCAAGUUCUGUCUGUUUUGCACCCUGUCAAGUCUGCUGGCGAUCUUCAUCUUUUUCGUGGACUGCCCCAAUAUGCCCAUGGCGGGAGUCACAGAGAUGUACGACAGAAGCUUCUUGCCCGAAGGUCGUCUCAACCUGUCCGCCCCUUGCAAUACAGAGUGCGACUGUCUACGGGAAACAUACAGCCCUGUGUGCGGAAGUGAUGGGAUCAUGUAUUACUCACCCUGCCAUGGAGGAUGCAAGAGAGUAUUGACCAAUCAGAAUAACGGGAAAAAGGUUUACCAUGAGUGCAGCUGCAUUCUCGGAAGCCAUCCCAUGGUGCCCGGCUCUGCUACAACGGGGAAGUGCUCCUCAUCUUGUGAGAAACGGACCCUUCUCUUGCUUUUUGUGUUUGUCGUCAUCAUCUUCACAUUCCUCAGUAGUAUUCCUGCCCUGACUGCUACUUUACGGUGCGUCUCAGACAGGCAGCGAUCAUUUGCUCUGGGAAUCCAGUGGAUUGUAGUGAGGACGCUAGGCGGCAUUCCAGGCCCAAUUGCUUUUGGGUCGAUGAUUGACAAGUCAUGUCUCCUCUGGCAGAACCAGUGUGGCGAACAAGGGUCAUGCUACGUCUACCAGAACUUUGCCAUGAGCCGGUACACCUUGAUUGCUGGUCUUAUUUACAAGGUGAUCGGAUCGUUCUUCUUCCUCCUUGCCUGUUUCCUCUACAAGCCACCUCCGCCAGAAUCCCUCCCGGGUAGCUCCGACACCUCCGAAAACGGCAACUGUGACCUCAGAGAGAACAAAUGUCCUCUUCAAUCUCAAGAUAACGUAUAG